AAAACCUAAUAUGUUUAAAGCUAUGUUUAAUUGUGACUAAACACUGAAUAAAAAUGCAAAUGUUCCUUUUUUAGAUUAACUUCUGUCUGGAUGGAGUUGCAUGAUAGUAUUGCACAACCUACCUUGACAGCCUUUGACAGCUAAUUAUGCAGCUCUUCUGUUGGCCCCGCCUCUAAAUAAUCGAACCAAUCAUAAAAGAGGAUAGGCGGACCAGCCAAUCAGAGCGCCCCUCUUUGAGUGGAGCGUUACGACCUGCAGACACAAUUUCUGUGGCCGAUUUUAUUACACUGUAUCAUGUUGGCUAAAGGAGUUGCACCGCGAAUAAUUGCUGCUAAACACACCCGGUAAAUUGUAUAAUUGCGAUUUUUUUUCUCCCUCCUGUUUUUGAUUUUUAUUUUCGCUGCUGCGCGGUGAAACAGUCGGAGAUUUGAGGAGGCUCCGUGUUUUUAAAGCCCGAAAUAGUCGCUGUCAGGAGGACUAGUGUUUUGUUGAUGUCAUCCGCGGCAGAGCGGUAGCGACCUUCAAUUUGUAGGCAAGACCGGGAUAAACAAAGACUCGCUUUUUGUGUGUGUGUGUCUUUUGUUUUUGUGUUGUCAGUCAGUGACACCAGCGGCGAGGAUGGGACUUUUGCUGCGCGGUAUCCUGCUGUUAUCGGCUUGCACUUUCACAGCCGGCUCGGAUUUUCAGCUGGGAUCCAAACCCUCCGGACAGUCGGUGUUCGUCAGGCAGUCAAACAGUGAGGAGAGAGCGGCGAAAAUCGCGAAGAGGUCCCUCCUGCCUGCGUGGCUGGCUCCAUCACCGAACCACAAGAUAAAACGGAGAAGCGCCGAGCAGGGCGACUCGUGCCAGGUUCUGCAAGGAUAUAACACCAAGUUAGCAGACAACACCCACGGUUUUACAUUCAAUGACCUGAGCGGCUCGGUGUCGCUGGCCUGGGUUGGAGAUGGCACAGGGGUCAUCCUGGCUUUGACGACUUUUCAGGUGCCCUUCUUCAUGAUAAGACUCGGACAGUCCAAACUGUACCGAAGUGAGAACUACGGGAAGUCAUUUCAAGAUGUGACCAACCUCAUCAACAACACCUUCAUCAGAUCGGAGUAUGGUAUUGCAAUCGGCCCCGAGAACUCAGGGAGGGUGAUUCUGACAGGUGAAGUGUCCGGAGGUCACGAUUCUCGGAUAUUUGUCUCUGAUGACUUCGGAAAGAGUUUCACCAGCCGGGACUUGCCUUUCGUCCCCUUGAUGCAGAUGGUGUACAACCCUGAGAGUUCCAAUGUGCUGGUAGUCCUCAGCGCCAGCAAUGAACUGUGGCUGUCUGAGGACUUUGGCACCAACUGGAAAAAGAUCCACACCAUGGUGUGUCUGGUGAAAUGGGGAAGGAAAAAUACCAUCUUCUUUACUGCCAGCAUCAACGGAUCGUGCAGUGAUCGGGGAAUGUUGGAACUGAGGAGGACGACUGACUAUGGUAACACUAUCAAGACUGUCGCCAGUAAGAUCUACUCCUUUGGCCUCGGUGGACGCUUCCUCUUUGCCUCUGUAAUGACGGGCAAGGGCACCCUGAGGAUGAUCCAUGUGUCAGUGGAUCAGGGAGAGAGUUGGAACAUGGCCCAGCUGCCUCCCGUCGGUCACGAGCAGUUCUACUCGAUCCUUGCGGCGAAUGACGAAAUGGUCUUCAUGCAUGUCGAUGAACCAGGAGAUACAGGAUUUGGUACAAUUUAUGCAUCAGAUGACCGAGGCACCGUGUACUCAAAGUCACUGGAGCGCCACCUUUAUACCACCACGGGGGGUGACACAGACUUCACCAACGUCACAUCCCUGCGAGGAGUGUUCAUCACCAGCGUCCUGGCUGAAGAUAGCUCUGUGCAGACUGUGGUGUCCUUUGAUCAGGGAGGGGAAUGGGUUCCUUUGCGUAAACCCGACAACAGCAAGUGCGAUGCUACAUCCAGGGACCCAGAUAAGUGCAGUCUCCACAUCCACGCCGCCUACAGCACCGCUAUGAGGCUCAACGUCCCCAUGCUUCCUCUGAGUGAGCCAAACGCUGUCGGUCUCAUCUUAGCUCACGGAAGUGUCGGCGAUGCCAUCUCAGUGAUGAAGCCUGAUGUGUAUGUGUCUGAUGAUGGGGGCUAUACCUGGAUAAAGGCCCUUGAUGGACCCCACCACUAUGCUAUUCUGGACUCUGGGGGGCUGCUGGUGGCUGUAGAGCAUAGCCCAACCCAACCUAUCAACCAGCUCAAAUUUUCUACUGAUGAAGGACAGUGCUGGCGUGUGUACAACUUCUCCCAAGAACCCAUCUACUUCACCGGGCUGGCAUCAGAGCCGGGAGCUCGCUCCAUGAAUGUCAGUAUCUGGGGCUACAGAGAGUCCCUCCUCAGCCAGUACUGGAUCUCCGUCACCAUCGACUUCAGGGAUCUUCUUACCAGAGAUUGUCAAGACGAAGACUAUGUGCCGUGGCUGGCCCACUCUGAUGACAUCAGUGACCCACAGGAUGGUUGCAUGCUGGGCUACAAAGAGAAGUUCUUGCGCCUCAAAAAGGAUUCUGUCUGCUGGAAUGGACGCGAUUACGAAGUCGACACCGUGCCAACCCCAUGUCCGUGCACCCUGGAUGACUUCCUGUGCGACUUCGGAUACUAUCGUCAAGAGAACAGCUCAGUGUGUGUGGAGCAGCCGGAUCUGCAAGGCACAGUGUUGGAGUUCUGUCUGCACGGCAAAGAGGAGCAACUGCAGACCAGUGGCUACAGGAAAAUCCCUGGAGACAAAUGUGAGGGAGGAACGAUGCCUGAGCGUAAAGAGAUUGACCUCAGUCAGAGGUGUGUGAGCGACCUGUUGGGCCCAAUAAUGAUAGACAAGCGCCCCUCCAAGUCUGUGCCCAUCGUGAUCACAGUCAUCAUUGUCAUGCUGCUGAGUAUUGCAGCUGGAGUCGUCUUCGUCAAGAAAUACGUCUGUGGUGGCAGGUUCUUGGUUCACAGGUACUCUGUGCUGCAGCAGCAUGUGGAGGACAAUGCAGCCGAUGGGAUGGACGAGCCGCUGGAGACCAACCACUCUCACAACGGCAAAAUCGAGUUUCAUGACGACUCAGAUGAGGAUCUGCUUGAAUAGCUGGCACAACCUGUCAUGCAACCAAGCUACUGGUUUCCUGUCCACCCCGUGGCCGGCCGCUGCUCCUGUCACUCUUUGUCUCCAGUUACUUCUUCCUUUCACCUUCUAGUAUAAACUUUGGCCUCAGCUACAGACCAAGAGUCUGUGUCACUCUGCUAUCAUCAGUGAAGUAUAAUGAAUGUAAGGCGGGGCUUCCUGGGACUGACGCCUCAGUCGAGGGAGACUAUGAAGGAGGUCUUGUAGUGUUGUGCUUCAGUUGUCGAUUCUGUUGAGUGAGUUCGAAUCUCAAGGUUAUUUAUUUUAAGGAAUGAAGAACUGAGGCAGUAAUUGAAACUGCUGACAGAGUCAGAAUAAUGGGGUUUGAAGAAAAGCUAGUUGUAUAAAUCCACCACCACUGCAUUAUGGGUCCUGCUUCUCCCAUCACCUGGGAGUGCUCCUGGAAUUACUCCUCAUUUCUGUUGAAGAUUUUUGUCCUUUUCCUCAUGCACUUGUACAUAGAUCUGUUUUUCUUUGCCAUUUUUGAUGUGAUAUCAGUCUGGUAGGUUUUAAAAAAGGUUGCAGGUGGUUGCUGGCUAAUACCUCCCCCAGAACGAUUGAGUCUUAAUCCCAACUUUUAAUCAAGUAUUUUUGGCCCCAGAUGUUCAAGAGAGUAUAAGUUUAAGGUUUUUAACCUAACUGAUUUGUGAAAAGUUAUGUUGUAAUCUGUGCUUGGAAUACAAGCGUGCAGACUUUUGGUACGCCGUGGCAUUGCGAUCCAUUGUUGAAGUAAUAAAACAGAAGUGGAAAUGGCAGUUUCCAUUCGGUUUGAUAGCAAUAACAUGUUUGGUUUUAGUAUAUUGUCCAUGCACGUUAAACAAUUCAAUUGGCACAAUAUCUCCUAUCGUCUUCAGUUUGAUGAAUGGAAAUGUCAUUGCGCAAAACACAGUAUGCGUUAAUGUCCAGGCUGGUAAAGUGUGUCUGUUUCAAGACAGGAUUUGUUUAAAACCUCGUCUGCAGUAACUAACUGCCUAAAGCACAAGGUCCUUUGUAUGCUAAGAGUUUGUAGUUCAACAGUUUUCCUAAACGUGACCGAUUGUGAUAAGACUAAUAAUCACUGUAGUCCUAUAUAGGUCGUGUUUGUAAUAAUUUGAGCAGUUUUUUACUAACCAGCUUUUAAAAUCAUGUAAAAACUGACAAAUUGUGGUUGAACGAUGUCCAGAAAUGUCAGAAAUAAUUCUAGUUUGAUAGCAAAAAUCUACAGCCGUUUUUUUACGAGACACUCAGAUAACCAAAUGCGUCAGUAGAAUUUGGUGUCGAAACAAUAGGAGCAAUGCGAUAAAAUAUUCAGCUAUGUAAAUGUUGUAUAGCAUAAUUACCACUGUAGCCUAUUUGAAGACUUAGCAGACACAAUUGACUCAGCUUUAGCACCACGCAAGACUGUUUGUUUUUUUUGUUUUUGUUUUUUUUUGGUGUUUAAAUUUGAGAUGAAGCUAAUUCUAAAAGAUAACAGGGUUAUUGAAAGUUUCUCAUUGGUGUCUUUUAUAGUGAACUGCUGUUUGUUUCUAAUCAAUCUCAACAAAUCUGUCUUAUCAUGUGAAGUCUUUUAAUUUUUCUUUUAAACAUUUGUUGCACAAUUAUUUGUCCGUCUUGUGUUUUAAUAUGUCGUUUUCAUACCGGUUUAAUUUAUUUGUGACAAGCUGGUUCAGAGGGCAGUAAACUGGAUGCGGUUAUACAAGUGCCUGGUGUGAGGAUCUGAUGUGUGGCCAGCAUCUAUUUACUGAUUAUUCUUUAUGUCAACCAACGUGUAACCAGUUUAAUCCAGUAUCUCGGUGACACCCUUGAGUUUGCACUUGUUGCCGAGGAUGAUUUGUUGAGCAGUAAAUGUCUGUUUCAUCUGAGCUCCCACUGAACUGCAUGUUAACUCUCAGUGGUUCGUAAAUUCACACAGAGCUUUGUAAAGAAAAUGGCUGACGACAACCUGGUUCCUCUCCCUUCUGGCUGUGAUACUUUGACAAGAGAGUCAACUCGAAUAAAAAAACACAGAAAAGAUACAGGGUCAUGAUGAAGUUUUACAUUGGGAGAGACCUGGUGAGUUCUAAUUUAAUGACAGUUUAUUGCAUUACGUGCGGGUACCACAUUUUUCUUACGGUUUGAAUCUGCUGUAUAAAUUAAGUCAUUGUGAUGGUUCUGUAAAUAUACAAGGUUACACCUUUAUAUCUGCUACGUUUCUCUUUUUCUGUAUAUUUGAGGCAAUUUUCUUUGGGUUUGCAAAUAAAUUCUUAUGUUCCUCUA